UCCAUUCCCCUGGAUGGAUAGGACCCCUAAAUACUCCAGCAAAUUUAAAAAUGCAGAACAUUUAUUUCACACUGUUUUAUGUUAAGCUUAAAUCAGCAGAAGAUAUUUUCCAAAACAAUCUUUCUACAGAAGAAAAAGAGGAAGCCAUCAAUUUGUUAGUAUCUUUCCAAACAAGAUGUCUACAUUCUGCAAGUACUACCUUAAGUUCAACAGAAGUGCCAUCUACCCAGUCAGGCCAGUUAUUUCCAUCAGAUGAUACAAAGAGUACUUUGGAUAGGAUAUCUACCAUUUAUAGGGCCAUUCAAGAGGACAUAACCCAUGAAGCCGCCUCAGUUAGCCAGGAAAUGUGUAAAUUUGAUAGAAGUGGUAUGAAUAGUCCAUCAACUAAUAGGUUUGUUGCAGAGGCAAUCAAUUUGAAAACCUGCAAUAAAAUUAUAGAUCAGGUUGUUCAAGACACUACAGAAGAUAUUACUGCCAAGCCAAUAACUACUGCUAGUUACAAUACAAGUAGUCAUGGCAGAUAUGAUAGUAAUGUUGAUGUACUCGAUGAAAGCUAUUUUGACCAUUUUCAGGUCUAUGAUAAUCAUGAUAUUGGUGAAGAUGUUAUUGCUGAGGAAAUGUCCCAGACACCAUCAAAAACAUGGCCGGAAAGACCGUCUGCUUCACAGAAGGAAAUGAUCAAAGAUGUUUUUCCAAGUUUGUCUAAUAACAACAAGAAAGGUAGUUUGUCAAAUGUAAAAAAAAAGUUGUUGAAAAAGUUCAAGAUUAAGAGUGACAAAACUGUGGCAUAUAAUUUCAGAUGUAGUGAGUGUGACAUUGGAUUUUAUUUUGGAAAGCAUUAUGACAAACACAUGAUGGAAACACAUCAGAAUUGGGAUUGUGCGAUCUGUGAAAGAAAAUGUCAGUCAUUUAUAGAGCUUUCUGAUCACUACCAAAUAGUUCACAGUAUGAAUGUUUCCAUAAACAAUAUUAAUGCUGUCAACAGAAAAUAUGCAUGUAACAAGUGUGAUAAAACCUUUGACAAACCCAGUAGUUUGUAUACACACCAGAAGCCGGAAGGACCUUUUCAGUGUGAACCAUGUCAGCGGGUUUUCAAAACAAGUAACAGAUUAUUGAAGCAUGAACAAUCGUACGCCCAUUGCAUGAAAAGUGGACAGAAAUUUACAUUGGAAAGAAAUUUCUUGUGUACUGAAUGUGGAAAAUCUUUUUAUUCAAUGAAAUACUUAAAGUUACAUAUGAUUUGUCACAACACAGAAAAGCUUUUUUCCUGUCAACACUGUAGUUAUAAGAGCCCAUAUUCAGGAGCAGUCAAGUCUCAUAUGAAAAGACACUUUGAAUCAGAAAGAACACAUUUGUGUGAAUUAUGUGGUGCAUGUUUUCAUGCAAAUAGAAAUCUAACAAUACACAUGGCAUUCAAGCAUAGUGAUGAAAGAAAUUUUAGCUGUAGUUCAUGUUCACAGAAAUUCAAGUCAAAACAGGAACAGCUUCGUCAUACCAGACUAAAUCAUACAGAUUUCAAAAUGUUAACAUGUUUUUGUGGGAAAGAGUACAAACACAAGAAAAGUCUACGUAAGCACACGAGGUCUGUUCAUGGCAAUGAUGCAAAUUUACCACCAAUUGUCAGAGUUAAGACACUGGACCAGCCUACAAAAUCAAUAUAUAAAGAUGACCAAUCAAAGCCAAAACCAGUUAAGGUCAAGAAAAAGAAAAAGGAACCUAAACCCUUGUCUCGCUUUAAAAAAAUUAUCAUAGCAAGAUCUGGUAGUAAAGGAGUCAUGAAGUCAAACUUAAAAUCAGUCAUUUCCACUUCCCAAAAUACAAACCAGGAGUCAACAAAUGUAACAGUAAAUGGUAAGAAUAUUGCUGAAAAUAAAAUAGUGUCCUUAAUUUAUGAGAAUGAUUGUCUAGAUAUUAACAAAAUUACCAAGGAAAAAUAUAAAAAGAUACUUUCAAAGAAAAACGUGAAGAUAACUCAAGCCUCAAGUCAUGCAAGUACUGAUACAGAUUGUCAAUCUAAACUUAUGGAAAGUAGUCAAAUUAUCUCAGAACAAAACGAUUGUUCAGAAAAGAAACAGAGUGGUGAGAAACAGUCAGUAAUCAAUCAACCUCUGGUAGAGCAGAAAGCAAACAGUUACAUACAAAUUGAUCAUAGUUACUGUGCCGUGACACAACCAGUUAUUAAUCAGCUUAAUGGAAUACCUCAGAUGACUAACUUUACUGUAAAUAAUACACAACAGGCCUUUUAUAUUAACCCACAACAGAACAAUUAUAUCAAUUUACAACAGAACGCCAAUUUUAUAAAGUUACAACAGAACACUUAUGUAAACUUACAACCUGCUGGUUAUAUUCAGCCUCAACCACUGUUUAUUCCAUUGUUUAACAUUUAUGGCAAUGGGGCAGUAGGCCCUCUUCCCCUUAAUCAAGGGGUCAUUUUACCACAAUAAAUGGAUGGACUAAAUUUUUAUCGACAUUUGUCACAAGUCUCCUUACAAAUAAAAUUGCAAUCUAGAGUUUUAGUAAAAUUGGUUAGGAUGAUUAUUUGAUUUCAUCAUAAUAUGUGUAUUUAUGAUAAAAUGAUCAUAUACAAGUUUCCUCAACUGUUAAUGAUAAAAUUAUCUGUUGACCUAAAAGGUAUGAGUGUUUAUUAUACAUAGGUUAAGACCAGCCUUCUUGAACAAUUUCAGAAAUGGUAUGAAUUUAUCAGUUGGCAGAAUUUUGUUUUUGUUUGUUUUAUUAUAUAUUAUGUUAGAUAUAAAUUAUGAGAUAAAUUUGUUUUUGAAAUAUCAUUUGUUAGUUAUGACUGUAUUAAAUGAAUAGCUUUGUGUUUGUAAAAAAGUUGUUUUUAAACUUAACCUGACCAGUAUUGUAAAUUUUAUCAUGACUCAUUGUGUUUAAUAAAAGAUUCUUAACCAUUGCUCUCUUAUACUAUUUAGUUUAUAAAAGUUUGAUGCAUCACAGGUAUUAACUGAAUUGUUUUAGUUUCAACACCUAAUACUUUUUGUGAAACACUUGAUAAGCUGAAAACUUAGUAUAUUUUACACAAGAUGGAUGUUUGAAUUUCUAUAUUUAGUUUGAUAUCAAUUUCAUGUGUU